AUGGAUCUGCUUGGCCCCUUUCCGACGUCGACGUACGGGAACAAGUGGAUAGCGGUAGCAUCAGACUACCUGACACGCUACGCCGAGACAACGCCAUUACCGUCCAGCAAUGCAACCGAGGUCGCUAGCUAUCUCGUGAACAUCGCGCUCCGUCAUGGCGCACCCGAGGUCCUUAUCACCGACAGAGGUACGAUAUUCACUGCAGAGCUCACGCAGCAGAUCCUACGCUUGAGCCACACUAUGCAUCGGCGAACCACAGCCGACCACCUGCAGACAAACGGCCUCACGGAGCGUUUGAAUAAGACCCUCGUCGACAUGCUCGCUAUGUACGUCGACGUCGAGCAGAAGACUUGGGAUGAUAUUCUCCUGUACGUUACGUUGGCGUACAAAACCGCACCACAGGAGAAAACAAAGGUGACACCUUUCGAGCCUGUCUUCUGCAGCCCAGUAGCGACCAUACUGGAUGCGAUGCUGCCGCACGCCGACCACGAGAGCAUGCAUGCUGACGUCGCCGGCUUUCUUCAACGCGCCGAGGAAGUCCGCCAGCUCGUUCGAACGCGCGUCAAAGAGCAGCAGCACACUGACACCCGACUCUAUAACCUACGACGACGACACCUAGAGUACGCGCCCGGUGAUCGCAUUAUGGUGUGGACACUGAUUCGCCGUCGGGGGCUGAGGGAGAAGCUUCUGCGCCGGUAUUACGGACCCUACAAGAUAACCCAACGACUCGGGCCUUUGUCUACGAAAUUGUCCCUGAUGGAGUCACACAAUCCCAACGGCGACGCGCGACCUGAAAUAGUCCACGCCGUACGCCUCAAGAAGUUCUUUGAACAUUAG